UGAUAGCCAAGAGUGAAACCGAACACCAAGCCAAGCACUUGAGUCUUUUUUUCUAGGCAGAGUUGGUAAAGCCCAGCCUAUCCCCGUUCUGAGAGGCAUGGGAAAGUUUGAAACGUGCUUUCAGACGUUCAGCCUUUGACAUAGAUCUGGCUGCUCUCACCAGCGUGCUUUUUCUUACAUCUAAGCCUCUGGCUCUUGACUUCUCAGCAGCUAGAACGUGGCCAGUUCAUUCUGGAAUGUUCUCUUCAGUAUCAUGGCAUUCGUCAGCCACCAUGCUUGCCGUCUGCAUCCCCAGAUCCUGCUUUGAUGCUAUCUGCUGCUACGAUUUACAAGAGUUUGUAGAGAAAUAGGAUAGAGGGGGAUUGAGUAACUUGUGGAUUUGCAAAGGCCUCAAGAUGUAUCUCAAAACGCUGGAAUUGUCCUCUGGGUCAAUAUUACUGAUGGUACGCGAGGAGUACACGACAGCCACAGAAGGCGCCCGCCUAGAGAGGCCGGAGGACCAGUAUUUCUACAAAAUUGGCAUUUACGGCUGGAGGAAACGGUGCCUCUACUUAUUUGUUCUUCUUUUACUCGUCAUCCUCGUGGUGAAUCUGGCGCUUACCAUUUGGAUCCUGAAAGUGAUGUGGUUUUUCCCAACAGGAAUGGGUCAUUUGCUUGUAACAAAAGAUGGACUUCGCCUAGAAGGGGAAUCAGAAUUUUUGUUCCCAUUGUAUGUCAGAGAAAUACGCUCCAGAAUGGACUCCUCCCUGCUCCUGCAAUCAACUCAGAACGUGACAGUGAAUGCCCGAAAUUCUGAAGGAGAGGUCACGGGCAGAUUGAAAGUGGGUCCCCAAAUGGUGGAAGUUCAGAAUCAGCAGUUUCAGAUCAACUCCAAGGAUGGCAAGCCACUGUUCACAGCUGAUGAAAAGGAAGUGGCCGUUGGUACAGGGAGACUCCGAGUGACUGGUCCUGAGGGGGCUCUCUUUGAACAUUCGGCGGAGACACCACUUGUCCAGGCUGACCCGUUUCAAGAACUUAGGUUAGAAUCCCCUACCAGGAGUCUAAGCAUGAAUGCCCCCAGAGGGGUUCAUAUUAAAGCACGUGCUGGGAACAUCGAAGCCCUUUCACAAAUGGAUAUCAGACUUGGUAGCAGCGAUGGAAUGCUUGUCCUGGACACCGAAACAGUACGCCUGCCCAAGUUGACUCAGGGCACCGGGGACCCCGCUGGCAUCUCACAAGGGCUCUAUGAAAUCUGCGCUUGUCCAGAUGGGAAGCUUUACCUGUCGGUGGCCGCCGUGGGCACCACGUGCCAGGAGAACAGCCAUGUCUGCCUCUAAACCACGUGCGUCUUCCACGAGGCGCGUGGCCCACCUUCAGAGAGCUUGGGCAUUCUUGGCUCUGGAGACCUCGCACUCAGAAAGCAACCUUACAUCCUUUAGCCUGAGGCUGUGGACGGAAAGUGGAAGGACCGCUUUCUCAAGAACUCGGGAGGAAACACACGCCGACGGAAGUGUUUGGCCUGCGCUACGGGGUUUCAAAAUGACUCCUGGGUGUUAGGCCAGUGGGUUAGCCAAGAAUGUUCCACUGGGCUGAUCUAGUCUCGGCAGAGCAAUUAAUAAAUUGUACACGUCAGUGUAUCGUGA